AUGGCCAGCAACCUGACGCCCGCAUACAAUGCGGCCGUGGACGAGUUUCGCCAUCGGGAGUUCCCUAUGCUCCGGGGGUCCACAGUAUGCGCCAAGUCCUUGAUGGACUCGUUUGCUGCCGAAAUGUCGUCUGUUCUGUACGGCAAUCCUCACUCCGCCUCUUGGCCGUCUCAGCUCUCCACUACUCGCAUUGAAGAUGUACGGCUCAGGCUCCUCAGCUUCUUCAAAGCCGACCCGACCGAGUACGACCUUGUCUUCGUCGCCAACGCCACGGCCGGCGUGAAGCUGGUCGUGGAGGCGAUGCGGUCACUGCCACACGGCUACGUCUACGCGCACCACCAGGCGUGUCACACGAGCCUGGUGGGGGCACGCGAGGACGCACGACACGCCACUUGCCUCGACGACGAUGGAGUCCAGUCGUGGAUCCAAGGGCAAGACCCGUUCCGUGACGUGGCAGCCGACUCGGCGGCGUUGUUCUCCUUCUCGGCCCAGUCUCACAUGAAUGGGCGACGCUAUCCAUUAUCUUGGGCCAAAGGCCUCAAGGACCAGGCCGCGGCUGGCCCGCGGCAACUAUAUACUCUGCUCGAUGCAGCUUCACUGAGCGCAACCUCGCAGCUGGACCUGGGAGCCCCCGAAUUCGCCGCCGACUUCAUUGUUCUCAGCCUGUACAAGAUCUUUGGGUUUCCGGAUGUUGGCGCCCUAAUCGUGCGACGCUCCGCCGAAGCUGUCUUUGAUCAUCGCCGAUACUUUGGUGGUGGUACCGUCGACAUGGUGGUCUGUGUCAAAGAGCAGUGGCAUGCUCGGAAAACACAGUUCCUCCACGAGCGCUUGGAAGACGGCACGCUACCGUUUCAUAACAUCAUGGCGGUUGAUGCCGCGAUGACGGUGCAUAAGCAACUCUUCGGCUCAAUGGACCAAGUCAGCGCGCACACGCGCUAUCUGGCGUCGAGAAUGUAUCGGGGGCUGCGCGGCCUACGGCACGGAAACGGUGUUGCGGUCUGCGCCUUAUACACCGAUGCUCCAGAUGCGGCGGAGUCGCGGCCCGCAGGACCGGUCGUGUCGUUUAACCUUGUCAACAGCGAUGGGGGCUGGGUAAGCCUGGCCGAGUUUGACAAGUUGGCCAUCAUGAAGGGGAUGCACGUUCGGACUGGUGGUUUAUGCAGCCCCGGAUCGAUAGCCACCGCCCUCGGACUAGAACCAUGGGAGAUGCGGAGAAACCUCUCUGCAGGAUUCCGUUGCGGAACCGAUAACGACAUCAUGGCCGGCAAACCCACAGGAGUCAUCCGAGCCAGCUUGGGUGCCAUGAGCACCAGGUCCGACGUCGACAAGUUUGUCGACUUCGUGUCGGAAUAUUUUGUGGAGGAGUCUGUGCAGAUAGCCCCCAUUGUGUCUCCGAAGCGCUCAUCCGGGUAUGAGGCUGCCCUACGAGUCAAAGCGAUUACGGUCUACCCGAUCAAAAGCUGUGCAGGAUUCGCCGUGCCGCAGGGUACGCGGUGGGAGGUUAGGCCCGAGGGUUUGGCUUGGGACCGCGAAUGGUGCUUGGUGCAUCGAGGGUCGGGCCAGGCUCUCAGUCAGAAGCGGUAUCCGAGGAUGGCGCUUUUGCGGCCGUAUCUGGAUUUCCAGCGUGGGGUCUUGCGCGUCGAACAUGGGAUAUCUGGACAAAGAGGGGCCCUCCACUUCGUCGAGAUUCCGCUCUCGGCGAAGCCAGACCUGUUCGACAAGAAAUCCCACCAGACGUCGUCACGGGUUUGCGGGGAGGAGAUCUCAGCCCAGUCAUACAGCUCAAGCGAGAUCAACGACUUCUUUACCGACGCUCUGGGCGUGCCUUGCGUAUUAGCGAGGUUUCCAGCCGGAGGCAGGGGGCUGAGCAGUCGGACGACCAAGGCUCGCAUGCAGAAGCACCAACGCCUCGGCAAGACUAGGCAGCCCCUGCCUGGCGCGUUCCCCGAUAUACCGUCGCCACCGGACUCGGAUUCGGAGCAGCAGGAGCACGGGAGAAUCCUUUUAGCCAACGAAAGCCCAAUGCUGCUGGUGCACAGCUCGAGUGUCGCUGCGUUGAACCAAGAGAUUGAGAGUCGCGGCGGUGAGGCAGUUCCGGACUCGACGUUUCGGCCAAACGUGGUGGUUGAGAGCCUACCGGAUCAGCCAGGCGAGCCAGCAUAUUCGGAAGAUUCCUGGGGCGGCGUCCGGAUCGGCGACCAGGAUUUCAAGUUCUUGGGCGCCUGCAGGAGAUGCCACAUGGUUUGCGUCGACCAGGUAACGGCUGAGAGGAGACAGGAGCCCUUCUCGACACUGGCCAAGACGAGGAGAUUCGACGGCAAGGUGUACUUUGGUUCACACAUGCGGCAUGAGGCGGCCAAGGGGCAUGGCAUGGCGAGUCAGCUACCAACAAUUGAGGUUGGAGACUCGGUCAGCGUGUACGAUGAAGGACUUGUAUAA